AUGCUUUCAGCAUUUACAGCUCGGCCCAUCAUUGAGCUAAAGCCGGGGGUAAAGUCCAAGAUCGAGACAAUCCUCGCGCAUGGCGAUCGCGUGUUCGUCGGCCUCAAUAAUGGUGUCCUUCGUAUCUACCGAGUAAACGAGCUACCGCCUCCAUCACCGACCAAGGCCAACGGCUCUCAGCCGGCCGCAACGAGUCCACCGGAAGCAACCGAUGAACCCGAGCCGCCCAACAAUCUGCUACGCGAAGUUGACAAGUUCUCGAACAGAGCAAUCGAACAGCUCGCCGUCAUUAAAGAGGCCAACACGCUUGUCUCGCUGUCGAACUACUACGUAUCGUUACAUGACCUCGGGACCUACGAGCUUCUCGAGACCCUAUCGCGAACCAAGAAUGCAACAUGCUUCGCUGUAACAUCAAAUAUUGUCAAGGAUGUAGCCACCGGAAUACCAGAGAUCAUUAGCCGCUUGGCGGUGGCAGUCCGUCGCCGGCUGCUACUAUGGAGCUGGCACGAAAGCGAGCUGGGCGCCGACGUGGGAGAAGUCAUGCUGCCGGAAUCGAUACGGACCGUGACAUGGGCCAGUGCGACAAAGAUUGUCUGUGGAAUGAACGCUGGAUACGUGAUGGUCGAUGUGGUUACCCACGAGGUCGAAGACAUCAAUAGUCCCGGCUCUGCUGCAUCGGGCGGACAAGUCAGUCGGUUUGGAGCUGUCAGCAGUGCGGGCAUGGGGUAUAUGGGUCUUGGAGGAUACAUGCCCAAGCCGCUUGCUGCAAAGUUGGCUGAAGGGGAGCUACUACUUGCCAAGGACAUCAACUCUAUGUUCAUCACCGACGAAGGCAAACCGGUUGAAAAACGACAAAUCCCAUGGCAAUCGGCUCCUGAACAGAUCGGAUAUUCUUACCCUUAUAUCCUGGCAUUACAACCUCCAUCCAAGGGCUCCCUUGAAGUGAGGAACCCGGAGACUCUGCAUCUGCUGCAGACCAUUUCGCUCCCGGGCGCGGCGCAACUACAUUUUCCGCCCCCUAACGUCAGUCUUGCCCAUGCGGGCAAGGGAUUUCAUAUAUCUAGUGACCGAUGUGUGUGGAAGAUGGGUGCUACCGAUUAUGACUCGCAAAUCGACGAACUGGUGGAAAAGGGCAAAUACGAUGAGGCCGUCAGCAUUUUGAACAUGCUAGAGGACGCUCUGCUUCAGAACAAGAAAGAGACUCUUCGGGAAGUCAAGAUGUUGAAGGCCGAAUCUCUUUUCAAGCAAAAGAAGUACUACGAUUCCAUGGACCUUUUCAACGAAGAUGACGUUCAUGCGCCGCCUGAGCGAGUCUUGAAACUUUUCCCGCCUUCCAUCGCUGGAGAGAUGUCUGGCUGGGCGCACGGUGCGCAACCAGAUGAAUCAAGCAGUGACGAGAAGGAACAGGAAGACGAGUCUCAGGAGAAGGCAAACGGCGAGAAGUCUGUCAAAGAGGAUACAUCAGCAACCCCUACGUCACCCGCGAAAGGGGGCGUUGGCUUUGCCAAGCUGUUCAUGGGACACCGAAAGGCACCGCAAUCAGACGCCGUCUCGAUAAUGUCUAAGAAGGACACGGUAGAUGUCGAGGAGACCGGCAGUACUCGAAAGAAGCCUGAUGAUAAUCAACCUCUUGAAGGGGACGACCUCCGGGACGCUGUCAGGUCUUUAGCUGGCUACCUUGUUGGAACAAGAACACGCUUGCAACGGGUCAUUGAUCCGAGUACUGGCAAGCUGAAGAGAUCGGACACAAACGGAUCUACUGAAGAGGCAAUGAAAAGUUUCAUGUCGGGAUCACACUUCGAAGAAUCGAGCAGCCAGCUUGAGGGAGAGAUCCGAAGGACUUCGAGGAUCGUCGACACAGCUUUGUUCCGAAGUUACAUGAUGACCAGCCCCUCCCUGGCUGGUCCACUAUUUCGCCUUCCGAACUUCUGCGAUCCAGAUGUUGUCAACGAAGCGCUACUCGCUCACAGUCGAUACAACGAGCUGGUAGACUUCUUUAGUGGCAAGAAGCUUCACUCUCAGGCACUGGAACUCCUCAAACGCUUUGGAACUGCCCAGGGACCCGACGAAGCCGCUCCGGGCCUACACGGUCCUCAGCGGACUGUGACCUAUCUGCAGGCGUUACCACCGUCCGAAAUCGACCUCAUUUUGCAAUACUCUGAAUGGGCUCUAAGAGCAGACCCAAAAUUGGCCAUGGAGAUUUUCAUUGCCGACUCCGAGAACGCCGAGACCUUGCCUCGUGGUCGGGUCGCACGCUUCCUUGGAGGAAUUGAUGCUAGCCUGGAGGUUCAAUACCUGGAACAUAUCAUCAGCGAGCUCGACGAAUCGACACCGGAAUUCCACAACCGUCUGGUCGAACUCUUCAUCAAACAAUUGAAAGACAAGAAGCGGGAUGACGAAUGGGAGGCAGAAAUGAGCCGCUUCGUGCGUUUCCUCAAAACCAGCAGCCAGUACAGCCUCAUCAAGGCAUUCAGUCUCAUCCCACGCGAUGAUCCCGCCUUUUACGAAGCUCAGGCCAUUGUUCUGAGUAGCAUGGGCUCGCACAAGCAGGCUCUGGAGAUAUACGUGUUCAAGAUGAAGAAUUACGCCAAAGCAGAAGAGUGGGUUUGA